AUGCCGCGCGGCUCCUUUACUUUGACGUUCGAAGGAGACUCUACAUGCGCCGACAUUUUCCAUACGGUGAUUCAACGAGAUGCUGCUUGGCAAAUGGCCAUCGACUCAUGUAUGGAGCGCAAGAUACUCCCAGCAUUGGCCUGGGACGUCAGACAGAGAGAUACUAGGGUUCCUGCACUCUGGGCCGACGAGGAUAACAAGUGGUACAUCCUCGAGGGCUUUCCUCAAGUCAUGAAAGACAUCGUUGCUGGCACGUCUGUCGGGAAGUGCAACUUUCACAUGGACGGGAGCUGGAGCGGACUGUGCGACAUUGAACAAAUCAUCCGAACGAAUCAGUUCCUGACCAUUGCCAACUGGAGAGAAGCCUGGUUCGACCGUGUGUGCCAGAACUUUCAGCCCGAUGCACCCUCCCCGCGCUGGGUGCAGAUGUUAUCUGAGACGAGCCUGGAGACCGUGCUGCCCCCUCUCUAG